AUGUCCGAAAAGGCGCUCGAGAUCUAUGAGAAAGACGAUUCAGGGGGAAGCAAUCGGCCAUAUCCUGGAAGCACAGUGGAGGCCAGAAACCGUGUUGACUACCGAUCGUAUCAGACCAUUACACAACUUCUCGCAGGCAACGGUCUGAAGCCCUUCUGGCGACGGUAUCAGGCCAAUGUGACUAAGCGUCUGAAAGAUCAUGAACUUGGCUCGCAGUGGGAGCACUGGCCGGACUUUAUGCACUUCUUUGAAACAGAAAUAUCAACUGCAACUGUGGAUGCUCUCUGUGGCGAGUACCUCCUCAAGCGUAGACCUGGUUUCCUCAAAGACCUCUGGAAACUUGAUCGCGAACUCGACGUGCUGUUCAGGGGUACGCCUAGGAUCUUCGCACCCAGGAUUUACGCAACCCGCGACCGGCUUCUUGAUGCGAUCAAAGACUGGCAAGCAUUCGCAAGAAAAAAUUUUCACCCUUCUUUCAUUGAGCCAAGUGGAGACGACCCUUUCUGGGGCAGCAAAUUUUUCAGGGAUCGGCAAGAUGUCUUUCUUGACAUGGACGGCAUGGACUAUGAUGCAAUUGCAUCUGAGGACUUCGGUGCUAUUUGGGCAUCCACACGCAACUCCAUUGUGGCGGCGUUUUGGACUGUGUUGGAAAUCUUCCAAGACCCUGCCCUGCUUGCCAAAGUAAGGGAAGAGAUUAAAACCUGCACAACUGACGAUCCCGACACAUCCUUCGAUAUCGAUCGGUUAUUGCAGUCACCACUUCUGCAAUCUAUUUAUGCAGAGACUUUGCGACUGCGUGUGCACAUCUUCAUUGUACGCGCGCCCAAGAAGUACAAUCUACAAAUCCGAGAUUGGUUUAUACCAGUAGGAAAGACACUCCUCAUGAGUUCUACUCCCGCGCAUAUGGACUCGAAUGUCUGGAAUACGGGAGCGAGGGACGAGCAUCCCCUCGACAGCUUUUGGGCUGCGAGAUUUCUGAGAAUGCCUGGUAAUGAAUGCAGCGGACCCAGAAAGUGUAUAGGAGUGACCAACUCGCCUUCGACUGAAUUGAAAAGCCCGUCGAAGACAUCUCAGACAACGUUCGCCCCGGAGGAUGUUGAAGGAUCGUGGAUUCCUUAUGGUGGAGGUCCUCGCAUGUGCCCAGGUCGGCAUUUCGCAAAACGUGAGAUUAUUCUGACGGCGGCAAUGAUGAUUUCCUUGUUUGAUUGUGAAGUCCUAACAGACGUUCGGUCUUUGAAAAUGGACAUGAGGGGGUUCGGAUUUGGGACCUUAAAUGUUGUCGGCAAAGUUCCGGUGCGAAUCAGGCGUAGAAACAUAUGGACUUGA